GACCUGUGCAGGAACAUGCAGACCAGCAACCACCCACAGCAGGAGGUCAGUGGACUUACCGAGGUGAUUAUGUCCAAACCUUCGUCUAACGUGAAAGCCCUUCAGGCUAAUUUGAACAUCCCGAUGGGCGCUCUACUUCCAGGGGCGGGACAUCCUGUCAAGAAGAGAGAAGAGACGGUCAACACAGAAGAAGCUGAAUCACCAGGAGAACCCACGGCUACAGCUCAGACUCCAGAAGAAAAGAAGACGUUGCCGGGUGCGGUGAAAGUGCCGGGGCCUGCUGUCAAUCUAUCAGAGCUGCAGAACGUCAAGAGUGAACUACGAUGGGUCUCCAAGGAUUAACAUGAUCCUCAGUCACACCGACAGCAGAUAAUCAUCCUGUCCGCUGCCACUACAACAGUCAUCCCAACAUGUCUGACAACAGCGACAGCCGUCUGUGAAGCCAACGUCUGCAGAAAACGUUCAACAUUCAACCCGUUGGCUCAUCAAGCUGGAAAUCUUAUCUCACUAACUCUGACUCCUAACUGCUUCAAAAGCUUAAGAAUUGAUCAGGUUUGACUUACUUCAGCUGCACUAGAGGCUGUGCUUCAGUUGGAAUUGUAUUCUUUGCUGUUUUUUGUGUGUGUUUUAAAGGUUGUUUUAGCAAUAUUCACAUAUAAAGUCUGACAUGACUUGUUCAGACGCACAUAUCUGUUGCAGUGAAAACUUGACAAUCAGCAUAAAUCAAAGGAUACAAAAGGAUGACAUUCAGUUUGUGAUGAAGUGAACUUUUACUGCUUUUACUGCUUUUUUAAAGUCAGCUAUGUUUUGGUUGUUUGUUUCCCAGAAAAUAUUAUAUUUUGCAACAUCCUGCAAUAAAUGAUGAUUCUUCUAAAA